GGUGGUGGCGGCGGCGGCGGUUACGGAAGCGGGCCGCAGGAGCGAGUGCAUCAGACCCCGCGACCGGCCCAGCCCGACAAGUGUCCCUAUGACACCUACCAGGCGCAGAUCCCGGACUGCUGCGCGGCCGCGGUAGCGGCGCAGGAUCCGUAUCCUCGGCCGCCCAGCGGCUACGACGGCAGGUGCUACGACGAGUGCCAUCGCAGGACGCCGUACCACGAAGAGUCUUAUACUCAGGAUGUAUCCUCAACCUUCCACCGGCCCCAAUCUCGACUGGGCUACGAGGAGCGUCCUCAGUCCCGAGUGGGAUACGCUUCGGAUUCCAGGUGCGCCAGCGGCCUCGGUUACGACGAUACCGGUGGGGGUUACCUGGACCAGAGCGACCCGAGGAUGUAUUGCACCGGCGGCUAUUGCAUGGGGGACACGAUGAUGGCGACGAGCAGAGGCGUGUGCGGCGAGGAGGUCGAGCUCGACAUGCGGAGGCACAUUCAGGCAUGCGCCUGUACAUGCAACCACAUGGGCUACGGGAAUUACAUGGACUAUCAGACCACGUGCCUAACAGAACUGCCAGACGUGGCGCCGUGCAACGGUACCGUGCGACUACCGCCGCCGUGCGAGGACUCGCCCAGCAGCGGCAGCAGCAAGGAUCGUAGAGACGAGAGUCCUCACAGGAGGUGUCGGGUGUUGGCACCUGUUUUGCUCCUAGUAGCCGCCCUGCUCCUUGGAUGCCUCUGUCUGCCGUUGCUCCUUCAAUCCGCGCCUGCCACGCACCAGCAGAGGCUGGACGUGAUCAGGAGGAUCCUCACUGAAGUGCCUCUGAUCGACGGGCACAACGAUUUGCCCUGGAACGUCAGAAAGUUCGUACACAAUCAACUUGGCGAGGUCAACCUGAGCAGCGACCUCGGCAGGGUCGACCCUUGGGCCAGAUCAGACUGGAGUCACACGGACAUCCCUAGAUUACGCGCUGGUCUCGUCGGUGCACAGUUUUGGUCUGCCUACGUUCCUUGCGGCGCCGCUCAGUUAAACGCAGUUCAACUCUCGCUGGAACAAAUCGACGUGAUUCGUCGACUCGCCGAAAUGAAUGCUCAACACUUAACCCUGGUUACCUCCGUCAAAGGUCUCAUCGAGGCGCAUAGAGAAGGCAAAAUCGCGAGUCUAAUCGGAGUGGAGGGCGGUCACUCCCUGGGAAAUUCUCUGGGUGUCCUCAGGACGUUUUAUGGCCUGGGAGCGCGAUAUCUCACCCUGACGCACGCGUGCGACACCUCCUGGGCAGUCUGUUCUGUUGGCGAGACGAACAACACUCAGGACUCCACGCCGGGCCUCAGCGAAUUUGGAAAAGCAGUUGUCAGGGAAUUGAACAGGCUGGGCAUGUUGGUCGACCUCUCGCAUGUCUCGACAAGAACGAUGAGGGCGGCCCUGCAGACGACGAGGGCACCGGUGAUUUUCUCGCACAGCGCUGCCAGGGCGCUGUGCAACUCCACCAGAAACGUGCCGGACGACGUGCUCAGAAAUCUGGCUAAGAAUGGCGGAGUGGCGAUGGUCCCUUUUUAUACCUACUUCAUAACGUGCAACAGCACCGCUACCAUAAAAGACGUUAUUGCGCACAUCAAUCACAUUCGAAAGGUGGCAGGGAUCGAUCACGUCGGGAUCGGAGCGGGUUUCGACGGAAUAAAUUUCACUCCCACUGGCUUGGAAGAUGUCUCGAGAUAUCCGCAAUUAUUGGCCACCUUACUGGAGGAUCCUUCCUGGACGGAGGAGGACAUUAAGAAAUUGGCCGGCCUUAACUUGCUGAGGGUAUUCGCGAAAGUCGAGCAGGUUCGCGACGAGUGGCACAGGGCGGCGGUGUUACCCGUGGAGAAGAUCAGCCCGCCGGAUAACUCUGCCUGCGUCUACGGAGCGUCCUGAUCCUCUUUGCGGACACUCACACCGGGACUUCUCGACUUUGCGCGAUCGCCGAAGAUCCUGCGAGUGGCGCGGUAUUACGGGAGCCUGUGAGCACGCGUAUCCCGAAUCGCCAAAGGAUCCUUCCGAAAAAAGAAAGCCUCCACACAUCAGACACUCGCCGGGCAACGGCAAAGAGAAACAGAGAGAAAGAGAGAGCGAUUCACACCGAAAGAAACUGCCGACUACUUCAGGGACUCCGUCGCGCCUUAACGAGUGACGAAGAUUUAGCGCGGGAAUGCGACCGGUCUUUCGAAAUUAAUGGCGUCGAGGAUCCUUCAGAGACACCUUUGGGACGAGCCCGUUCGUCCGCUUCCGACGUCGCUUGGAAGAAUCUCAAGAUCAACGCCGCGACCAUAAAUCGCGCUCGCGAUUAAGAUGUGUUACGUUUGAGAAAUGAUCAUUCUCCCGUUGUAUGAGCAUGCGCCGCUUCAUUUCGCAAUAUUGGCCAUGAAUUCGCAAAGUCUCAUAAUACUAACGAAAGAUUAACGACUGUUCUCCCAACUGUUUCCGUGCUUGUGAAUUAUUCGGUAUCACAUUUUGCGAUCGUUUGUCAGGCGUUUCCGUCCAGACCCAAAUUAAAAUUUCGCUUCACGCAUCCGGACAUCCGGUUUGAGCAUUAUUUCACGUCACGAGCGAUACACUGAGGCAUAAGUGUGCUUUAGACCCGCCACGCUAUACAUUGUAACUUGUACCAAGCGAUAAUCGCGAAACACGAAAGUCUAACGACACGAUCUCGUAAUUCCCGCUUUCAGAUGCAAUUAUCCGACCAUGCGGAUUAGUCCACGAAAGUGCAUUACUACGUCCUCAGCUUGUUGUCCAACUUAUUUCGCUGAUCGCGAAGGCGAUCGGAAGGAUCCUCGAGAAAGCCUCCCAAGAAGAGGCAAAAACUCAUCAUUGUUGACGCGCAUUUACUUCCAACUGUGGCAGCCUGAUUCUCAUAUCACGUUCACAUCGACGCAAUUUUCGCGCUAGACUAAUGAAAUUCGGAAACAGGCGGCCACAUUUAGCGCUAAAUGUGCGGACAGGUCACACGACGACACCGUAUGUGAUCAAUCCUAUGAAACUUGUGAAACGUGCUCGGGACUGAAGCCGAAACCGCACGUUCGAGAAUGCAGGACAAUUAUUAUCACAUCUCUCAGGCGUUACGAUUAUAUCGUUCUUUAUAUUUUCGACCAGUGGAAAAAGAACGUGAACAACGCCAGCGUUAUGCACCAGCCGAAGAAGAGAUAAAUUGUACUUUUAUAAUUUUUAGACGAAUUAACGAUAGUACCGUAUCACAAUGUCCCGGAAUCCCGCGAAACGUUUGGAUUCAUUCCCAUGAUAGACAGGAACUGCAGUUCUACGGAUUGCGUGACGGAUUAAUAGACGUUUGUACCGCUUGCGUUCCUCGUAAACGAACUCAUCUUUGCUCGCGCUCGCGUGUACUUCCUUUUCCGAGCGAAAUCAUAUCUCCGGAAAAAUCUUUCGGUGGAGCUCGCACCUUUUCGUUUUUAUCCGCAUAGAAAAUUUCUUAAAUUUAAUUGGGAUCUAAUCCGAUUUCCCAAAAUAGAGUUAUGGAUUCUGGGUAGAAAUGUAAUAUUUCGAAAUUCAAAGUUUCCCUCGCAUUUUCUCUAACCCCGUAUCUUCAUCUUACAUUAGACAAAAGAAAAUAUGGUAACACUUUCCGAAUAAUUUUCUUACUCGGAAAGAAUGUUCAAAGUGUUAAAUUCUAAACACAAGAAAACACAAUGCAUUUUUAUUCGCUUCCGUAAAAGUUAUCAAAAUUUAAUGCUUUUUUUAAUCAGCGUAAAAUACAUCGAGAAAUAUGAAUUUAUUAACAUUGUUGCGACUCAAUAAAAUUGAAAAAAGUUAUAAUAAAAAACAAAACAUAUAUUUGUAAGAACAGUAACGUUUGAAAGGUUAAUCUGAACAAAUUUUACCUAUACGUUCAGAACUCUAAGGUUAAAAAUAUUUUUUUUUUAUAUUUUAUUCUAUUAAAACAAUAAUUGGUAUGAAAAUGAAAUUCUCCGUUUGUUACCACAAAAAUAUACUGACAUUACCGACUGAAAAAAGCGCGAAUUCUUGUAACAUUUCUGUUCUGAUUGUAGAUAGAGGAUCUAUUGUUAGGACAAAAAUGAAAUGUUUUCAAUUACUAUCAGUUGAAAGAAAUUCAGACAUUCUAAUCAGAAUCUAUGCUGUAUCUGAGAAAAUCUUGGGAAAUUUUUAUGCGGCUCAGUAUCGAUCUGUGCUCGCGGAUGCUCGUAAAAGCGAGGUAUACAGAGUUUUUCUCAACUCUUCGACAAACUUAUAGCUAUGAAGUCUUUCGUCAUUCCGUGAGUUGAGUUUUUCCAAACGAAAAUACAGUCAAAUAUCAAGUUUCUUACACUUUCUUCACUUGCAACAUUGCAUAACGUAACUUUUAGUGGCUCGUCUGUAUCCUCCAAAGAUACUUCGCGAGAGAGAUUAUUCAUAUCUAACCACAAUAGAAAGGUUAUUAAUAUUUCGACAAUAUAUACACUUAAGAAGGAGUGAUUCCGUACUAUUCAAUGAAUCCGCAGCGGUGUUUGUCAGCGUAGUUUUGAAACGCCCUGUAUAUAAACGUCGAAUCGGACAAGUGCGCUUAUGGUGUGUGAAUUUCAAGAAAUCACUAAGGAGAUAAUUGAGAGAUUAUUGAGAGAGAUAGUGCUAGAAAGAAUACCAAAUUUCUGGCGACUCGCUGAAGCCUCGAAAAUAGCUCCCACGUGUCAAUAAAGAGAACAAACGGCAAAUCUCGUUCUAUGACUAGCUUCUGUAAUUGAUACUAACGCAACGAAUCGAAUUUCGUCUUUCGAAUAUCGACUUCGACUACUUCGUAAAAAAAAAGGAAGAAAAGAGAAAAAAAAAGUAUAAAGGGAUUUAACAUCGUUUUCCGCAAGAUGCACGCUUCUGAUAGAUAACACUUUGCGCUUUCGACUGAACCCGCUUGCUGAAGAAUAUCGGCCAGUCUUGAGAUCCACUUGGCACGCGGUGUUUGCGACAAUUGUUCCCCGCUGUUGGGUCACGACACGCUCACGGGUGCGUGUGGUAACGCGCGCGCGCGCGAGUCGACUCGUUGCCGAUGUUGAACACUGCCAACAAGCCACGCUUACGCAUACUGGAUUCUCUGCGAGGACUCGGGUCUCAUACCUGCGAUACCCCACUCACAAAAACGUACGCGAAGCACCGAAUCUUCGAUCGACGAUCUGACGGUCGCGCGACGGCACGGAAUUCGAUAGAUCGAUACCUACCUGUCGCGCGUCGGGAAACCGAAACAUCCUCACAUAUCCGCAUAGACGAGCUUCCCGAGGCGUGAUCGAUCGUACUUUGCGCACAAUUGCUCGAGUUCCACCGCCGUGUUUACCGCAUCCCUGAUUUCACGAAACGUCGUUCCGUUCAACACGCUCCCUGCCUCCCUCUUUCUGGUCCCCGCCCCGUCCCGUCCUCCCUCGCGCGAAUGCUCCGUGUGAACGAAUGUUGAUCUAACAAAUCACACGUAAAGCGAAACGCGAUCUGUAUUCUUCGAAAGUUAUCGCCGACGCGAGCCGUUUAUUUUGAAAAUGGCGCGCAACGAUUUUCAGAAAUAGAAUUUACAGAGAGUUCACGGGCACACACGCGGGAGUUUGUAUUCUGGAAUUGAAUGCGCGUCGCGAACUUGGACUCCCGCCACUUUCAAAAUAAUCACACGACGAACAACUUAUUACUGGACGAACAGUUACGCAUCGUCCCUUCCCCAUCCCCUUUCUCCCCUUCCCCGCCUAGGGCUGUGAUAUUUUCCACGAGCCUCAUGAGACGUUUUGUGCUUCCACAUUAAAAAAAAAAGAAAAAAAAGAAAUCAAGGCAUGUCGCUGAGGAGAGGAAAUGUGUCGCCGAAGAAAAUCACGCGAUACACUCGACGAUUCAUUAAAGCGAUAAUAGUUGGUUUCAACUUAUAUCAUCGCACGAACAUUGCCGAGCCGAUCUUUGCAUUCGAAUCUCAUUGAGGAAUACAGCGGUUGAAUUAAUGAGAUUUUGCUUGAACGGACAAAAUUCGUCCGAGCGAAAGUUUAAAUCGCACUGAGAGGUAAAAUAGUUGAUCUAAUUAAAAUUAUAAAUAUUUUUUGUUCCAACCAUACUUUUUAAUUAUUCCAACACGAAUAAUGGCGGUAGUAAUAUGCACAUAAGAUUAUUAUUACUAACAUUACAAUAGAACUCAGGGAAACAAAUUUUUAGUUAAAGAUAUUAAAUGAAAAAAAUUAAAUAAAUUUCUCUCGCAAAUGCAAGAAAAAAAUUUUUUUAAAUUACUAUAAAUUAUGGAUAAAAAUCUUGACGAUAAUUUACAGUAAUUAUUUACCAACGUGAUCACAAUUAAAAAUAUCAGAUAUUUUUUUUCAGUGCGAUUGAAUGAAUUAUAUAGUUACUGCAAUGAGUUGUCAAUUGAUUCAAUAAUCGCAAUUUGGUCAAUAACCGUAUCGACUUAUACUGUUGCAUUGACGCGUAAUUUGUCCAAUAGAUACAUUUUAUUGAAGACGAGUGACUGCCGAUUUUGUCGAUUUCCCAAUUGCUUAUUUUUCUCAGUGCAGGAACCGUGAUUUCAAACAUUCGUAUUGUGAUUAAAGUGGAAAAAAGUCAUAAAGCACAUAGACAGAGCUAUUUCCGAGAUGCUAACUUUGCUUCGCAUCCCCCCACUUUCCCGCUCUUUAUCCAUAUAUCUGUGCACUAUUACACAGAAUCCCGUAACUAUAUAUGACUUCGUAGCAUAAGUUCGCCGCGAAAACUUUAAAGGACAUAUUUCAUCCCGACGUUACCAAUAUUCCGCGAAAUCUCUCAGCCGACCAUCGUACCGCCUUAAUCGAAUAAAUCGCGAGACAUCGCGCGAGAACGAGACAUUCUGUCGAUACGCCGAGAUUUUCCGAUUACGACUUUGUAAUAUUGCGUUGAACGAUAGCGGCAUCCAAGCGCAGGAUCCGUAGCGGAAACGACGAGAAGUAUAGCGUAGAGUUUAUCGCGGACCGUACAUUUGCGAGAAAUUUUUAGGUACACAGUUGAAAAUCGCGAACGAUUUAACGAAAACACACACGUACACACUCGCUCACUCACACACACAUAUACCCACAAAUGCACACGCAUCUCGUGAGAGAACACGAACCGAUGCCUUCAACAAUUCGCGGCGCUAUUUCACGAGCGACGGAAUCUUCGUCCGCGCAAACUGUUGGAUAAUUAGAAUUUCGACGCGGAACACUUUUUUGCAAGAAGAGAAACGCGAGUUAAAAAGUGCUUGUAUAGCUGUUAAUUCGUAAAAAAAAUAUAUAUAUAUCGUUGGCUAUACUUUUCCCCGCGGCAACACAUUCGGAUUUCGAUCCGUGCGAAAAUGCGAAUUCCUUUUUCUCUCGAAGUAACGUUAUCAGUAUGCAUCUCUAUUCCGAGAAAUCUCUAGCAAAUACACUGAAAAUUGUCAAAAUAAACAAAAAAAAGAAAUAAAAGUUUACGAUUAAUCAAUAACCGUACUAGCGAGACGCAGCUCCCCUUUACAUACAUUUUAGCAGCAAUAAACGCAGGUAACCGCCAGAUAGUCUACUAUUAAGUAGCAUAAACGACCAAUAGGAAGAUACGCAUAAUUUUUAAUUCGUAUGGAGUAAGUCUAACGAGUACGUAAUUACGGUACUUUGCUCAAUACCACCAAUUAGGACGUCAGGACAUACACGGGACACAUAUACACACACACACACGUAAACCGCUCUUUCCGUAGCGUCUCCGUAAUGAGAAACCACGUUUAGAUAAACCAAACGAUCGUCACGGUUAUUCUUUAUAAAUCAUUUACGAGACCUUCCCGCUCGCGCCAAGACGUGAGUAGACGCCGAGACAAAUACUAUACGAGCCGACCCGAAUCGAGGGAAAACCUAGAUAAUCAUUUUGAAGUGUGUAUGAGUGAUCACGCGCGAAAGAGCGAACGAUGAUUAUAGCGAAAAUAAUGUGCAGCGUUCAGCAUGCGAGCGAACGAGACGAGAGAGAAAAGACAUAUUGUCAAAAACCGGAAUAAUUUCGAGCGCUUCGAGACGGAGGACGUAACAACAAUCGUAUCCGACUGAUGUCAAUUAUUUGUCAGCGAGAGAUGAAUCUUAUCGAUGCAUCACUCGCGCCUCGUAUCGUUUCGACAAUCCACACUUCUCGACUUCAUUUCGUCACAAACUGACAAAUAUUUCUCGCCUUACAAUGAGAAAGAAAAGACAAUGAUUGAUCCAAUUAAAAUUAUAGCUACUUUUGAACCUAACCAUAUCUUUUGGUUAUUCUAACACGAAAAUGGUAAUAGGAACAUGCAUAUAAAGUUGUUAUCACUAAUAUUGUAGUAAAAUUUAAUUUAAGAAAUAGUUUUAUUGACCAUAAUUUAUAGUGAUUAUUUCUCUAUGAGAUUUUAUAUAUAUAUAUAUAUAUAUAUAUAUAUAUAUAUAUAUAUAUAUAUAUAUACACAUACAUUACACAGCGAUUGCUCGACAAGGCACGGAGAGAAUAAAAUUGAGACAAGCAGAAUCCCGGACAUGGACGUUCUCUUCUCGAACAGCUCGAUCGUUAUUCUUUCGAUAGAUCAACGUGUUCAUUUUUGUAAAACCUAAGAAGUAGGGCGAUCGACCCACGCAUGUGUAGAAACCAUUUUUUCUAAAACGACUUGACCGGAGAAUAUCGGAGGAGACGCGAGAGAAGGAAGACAACGGUCGAGACGACAAAGGGAAAUCUUAGCUAUAAACCUUAACGUGUAUAAUAUAAACAACACACAACUGCCUAGAAAAAAUUCAGAUUAAUAUAUAUAUAUAUAUAAUAUUAUACUUACUAUAUUAUAUACAAUUAAUAAUGACAUGUCUAAACGCACAACGGGCAAGUUUAACUGGGCAAAGGAAUGCGUGUGUAAAAUAAGAUAUACAUCCAACCUGUAACUAAUGUACGUACGUGUGUACAAGAUGUCCCAGAACCGCCGGAACAUAUUUCAGUGACCGAAUCUUAGCUAACCGAAGGCCGAAUUGAAGAAAAUAUGUCGAAAUAUUUGCGAUUCUGACGUUAUAAGGCAUCGAUAGUCGUUGAGUUAUAAGCGAAAAUAUAUGACGAGUGAAACACCCGAGAGCGAAAGAGCGAGAGAGAGCAAGAGAGGGAUAUAUAUAUAUAUAUAUAUAUAUAUAUAUAUAGAGAGAGAGAGAGAGAGAGAGAGAGAGAGAGAGAGAGAGUAUGUGAAAGCUUAAGCAGAGAAAAUAACAUCAUAUUGUUUAAUUAAAAGUUCCGUCUGCUUUUACUUGAACGAUAUUUGGCGGCUACCACACGAUAUGCUUUGCGUUGAAACUUGAAUAAUCGCGAUGUGAUGCGUCUUCCGUGAGAGAGAACUUCGUUGUAGAAAAAAAGAACAAUUUCUGUGCGCGAGAGCACAGCGCAGCCCCGUCGUUAUCCGAAAUACACACAGGUAGUUUCGCGAUACGCCGUACAACAGGCAAGGGGGAACGACGAAUCAGUUCAGCGACUGCACUCGAGAGACCAUAACGCAGCACGUUUCUGACCGUAGCUACGAUUUUUCACUUUGCCGGACGAUGAUAAUGUACUCCCCAGCACUUAUCCGCGAAACAAGUUUUGCGAUCGGAUGUCGAUAUAUCGAGAAUGCCAGCGAAAACAAACUUACAUUGGUACGCUAGCGCCCAGCCGCGAUAUUUCGCCCGUUAUCUCAGCCAAGUUACCGGUUUGAAAAGUUAAACUCCUGCGGGGACGUCGUACAUUUCCGACACCCUCAAUAAUGCAAGCGCAAGAAAGGGAUCAGUUGCUGUAAUGCGAGUUCGUCAGGCGUUUUCUAUUUUCCGCGAUCUAGAAGUUGCGCGGAGACUCGUUUCGCCCAGCGUUUCGUUACGCGCGAUAAUAAUUUUAAGUAUACUCUCGCCGACCUCUGACAGCAAGAUUCUCGGGGCGAAAUAACAGCGAUCGUCAUCGACUUUUGAACGGCGGGAUCAAAUCGCACUUCGGAACGGCUAAAGUCGUGCAAGUUGGCCCGAGCGAAAAGGCGAGGAGUAGCGCAAUGGCAGACACCGGGAAGUAACUGUAGAUUUUCUCACGACGAACUUCGGCCAAGAUACGACGCGAAACUUUCGUACGCUCGCAUUCUCGAUUUAUCGCUUUGUCGAACGCUCGAGAUGAAUCCUAGAGAUAAAAAAAAGUGACGACUGAGCCGAAGCACUUUAACGGCGACGCCACUCUAAAGAGCGUCGCCGUUUAUCGCUCUGUGCGAGAAAACUCGGGAACGCGAGAGGCGGAGUGGGAGAGACGUUAAAGGGAAUUUCAUUAUCAACAAUUACAAGUACAAUCAGCAGGAUGCCUCGAGCUGUUCGAUGACUUAUACAGCGUGUGUAAAAGUUUUUAGAAAAAUUUAACUACGUGAUGGAGCGAGCGAGCGAGCGAACGAGAGAGAGAGAGAAAGCGAGAGCGAAAACGCGCGCGAGAGAGAAUUGCGAGAUGAUAAUACAUUUAAUGUUACGAGGAUUAAUGCAUGACCGGAUAUUAAAGAGACUAUGAAAAUGGAGAUAAUAGAGAGAGAGAGAGAGAGAGAGAGAGAGAGAGAGAAAGUUUUAAUAAAAUAAUUCGUAACGCGCGCGCGCGCACACGCGCUCUAUAAACAAGAGACACUAUUGAUACCUAUUACCUAAGAAUUCAUAGGAUAUAUAUAUACGCGGAUACACACCUACACAAUCAUAGAGAGAAAGGCAGAGAGAAUGUGUGAACGAGAGAAAAAAGGAGAAUCUGAGAAAAAAAGAGCAAAAUGGACAUGGAAAUCCUAUGAACAUAACUAUAAAUAUAUACCGACGUAUGUGCGUGAUUACAUUAAUAUCUAUGCAAAAUUAGACAUCGAUGUACUUGCGGACGUAACACGUGCAUGAGACUAAAUCUUGCUAUUAUCUAUAUGACAACAGAUAAAUAUAUACUAUAUACAUAGGAUGUCGCACAACGCUAUCGCCACCCUCUUCUUCUGCGGAUUCUUUGAUUUUGAAUUCACCUUCUCCGUAUGAAUGUUGAAUUUUUGAUACUGGGCACUCCACUGCAACUGAAUCCACGCUUGAGAUUCUGUUAAUGUGACGUUAGCAAAGUGAAACAAGCGCAACAUUUGAUCAACACAAGAAAGCUUCUGCGCUUCUUCAAUUGCUUAUAACUCAAGUACUAUUGAUGCUUCGACAUUUUCGACUGAAGAAAUUAUCGAACUGAUCAAAGAAUUCUCAGAGAAAAGAGUGGCGCUGGUCCACUGGAGCAUCCUGUACAUAAGGAAAAAGAGGGAAAGAGAGAGAGGAAAAACAAUGUAAAUGUAUGAAUGAGAAAUAUUGUGCGUAAGAGAGUGUAAAGAGAAUAGGAAUGAACUAAUUGAGAAUUUUUUAAAAGGAAGUCGGGCCGCGCGUUUUUCGAGCGUACGCUCGCCGGUCCCGGCAAACUUAGGGAAAUAUUUACAAGUGAUACAUUUACUUGAGGGCAGUUUUAGUUAGAGUGAGAAAGAUAAACCUAGAUCUCGUGUAUAAACUAAUUUUAGGAGUUUCAGUUUGUUUGAUGUUAGAAGUGAUCCGGGAGAACGUCGAGUCGAUCGUCGUGGACGCGCGAGAACGCGGCAAUAAAAUCGAAUCGAAACGAAUCGGUAUCCUGUUGCAUUUAAUUGCGGGCUCUCAUGUUCGCGGACGAUUAAAGUCGGAGCGCCUCAUCGAGUUUGCAAAAGGACUUCCUCCUUAAACUUGCGCAUUGGCUAGUCGAAGCGCUAAUAAGGUAACUUACCCGUUCACGAUUAAACCGCUUUACAUUAAUUAGGCGCGCUUGCUCCGCUCUAUGAAAUUCAAUUUUACGACACCGUACUAUAACUAAGCCAUUUUAGUGGAUCAGCAGCGUUUUUACUCAAUUUCUUAUCAUUAGUAGGCAAUUACGAUUGUUGAAUUUUUAGCAAAUUGAAUACAAGUAAAGAGAGAAGCAGAGGAUUGUUACGGGAGUAAAGUAAGCGUUUAAAACGAGAUAUACUCGAAAAGACAUUUCGGAGGCGAGAAUGAAAGCUUAUGCGAAUAUCACGAGUCACGCGCCAUUUUACGGCGCGAUAGGUCAAGUUAUUAAUAAAUGAUUAGGAAAUUUUGGAAUCUCCGGUCGAGAUAAACGCGCAAGAUGAUACGCUUGCGGCCUCAACGGAGACCACUGAUUCGAUUUUACGCGUCGGUCAUUAAAAAGAAAGAAAAAAAAAGAAGAGAAAAAAGAAAUUAUUACUUCGCGUGAUGAUGCGAGUUUCGCGAAGAGCGGACGAAGACGAUCGCAACGGCGAUGAUUUUAUCUACGUUAAUCUAGAAGACAUUGCUGGAACAAUGAUUUGUACGCCUUCUAUGAAGGACCCUAGAGUACAUUAUUAUGUUACCUAAUACUCAUAAGCAUACAUUAUCUAAUAAAUAUUAU